UGGGGACACUAUUUACUAGCGGACUGACCGGUGCGAGGAAUCAUUCGACAAUUUAACAUAUAAAAGCCAGUUAAUAAAACAGUUUGUAAUUAAAUAAACCAAAUUAAAAUGACACGUACUUGUAGAAACGGAGUGGAGACUUAAUAUUAAAGCAAGGAGUUUAUGUUUGCGACAACAUGGCGGCGGUGCUCGGUGUGAGCUGUCUUCUUUAAACUGACCUGUAAUUUAUCUCCAGAGAUAAUGAGACUAACAGCUCGUCGCCUGUCCAAAGUGCUGCAGCUCACCCUGGCGGUCAUCAAACCAGAUGCUGUAGCUCAUCCUGUCAUGUUAGAGGCUCUUCACCAGAAAAUCCUGGACAACAACUUUGUGAUCGUUAGAUGCAAAGAUCUCGUGUGGAGGAGGCAGGACUCGGAGAGGUUUUACGCUGAACAUUCAGAGCUACAACACUUUGGGAGGGAGAGAGAAACAGCCUCUUAUGGGCGAUUCUUUUACCAAAGACUUGUUGAAUUCAUGUCAAGUGGUCCGAUGCGAGCGUACAUUUUGGCCAGAGAGGACGCCAUACACCACUGGAGGGAACUGAUGGGACCGACCAAAGUGUUCAGAGCCAGAUACACCUCGCCUGCUUCCAUCAGAGCCCAGUUUGGACUCACAGACACACGAAACACAACUCAUGGCUCAGAUUCGGUUGAGUCGGCACAAAGAGAAAUCCAUUUCUUCUUCCCAGACUUCUGUGCGGAGGAGUGGAUGGAGAAGGAAGAGCCAUCGUUCAGAUCAGGAGACAUAAAUUACGACCAUCAGAAGCAGAUCCACACACUUUCAAUGCAAAGCUGACCCCAGAACUGCUGUUACAGUCCCCCAAGCACCACUUAGAAACUCUGCAAUUAGUCAUCAAUUGUUCCAAAAUGAAUGCUGCCAGGGAAGAUGCUACAAGCUAUAUAUGAUGUCUAAUGUGUGAGGAUCCCAGAGAAGUGCAUGUUUAUUUUUGUCACCACAGUUCGUCAACAUGUUUAUCCCGUGUUUUUGUCAUUAAAACUAAGAUAUACAGCUUUUUAUGUAGUAAUUUCAAACAAGGACCAUAAAUAUUUUUUUAUUUAUUGUAAUUAGAAAACACAAUCGACUAGAUAAGAAAAUGUAACACUGUAUUGUACAAAACAACACGAUGUAGUUAGACAGUUGUCUACAUUGUCAUCACAAACUCCUGCCUUCACUAGCAAUAGUGCAGUCAUCACAAUCACUUUCACUUUCCUGAGCCAUACAGAUUUUUAACACAGCAGCAACCACAUGUUCUGUAUCAAUGUCGAAUAACAAAACUAUAUAUUUAUAAUUUGUGAAUAUUCCUAUUUGUUAAUAUUCGUAUGUAAAAUAAUACUGUAUUAGCUGCACACAUGUAUGUAUCCUCAAAAGCAUCUUAAAAUUGUGUUAAUAUGCUUUUUAGGUUCUCGUUCACUUGAGGAAUUUGAAAUGUGCCAAUGAUGUUGAAACAGGCUGUCUGCUGUAUACUAUGAUUUUUUUCUAUGCACUGUUUAAUGUCAUAUCUCGUAUUUUCUUUGACCAACAGACGGGUUUUACAUGUCAGUGUCUUUGAUGUGUCUAAGUACAGUAAAAUAUUGUAACAGGCACCAUAGAAAUACAUCUUACAAUAUUAAAUACAACAAAGCCAGAGUAUUUUUUUUAAAAGAAAAUAA